AAAAAGCUUUUCAGAUAACUACAUUUUUCAUGUCAAAUGUUUAGGGGUGUGGUUAAUGGUGUAAAAACGAAUAAUUUUUUUUAAUUCCUUAUCAACAAUGGAAUUUCUUUUAAAAAAAUAUAGAUAUUUUGAAGAAAGGAUAUUACAUAGUUUGAAAGAUAAUGGCAUAAAACAUCGGAUAAAAGCUAAUACUGGAUUAUGGCUUGGAACAUUAAUAGGUCUAAGCGCAAUUUUAACUCUAUUAGAAGAAGAUACUAGUUAUUCUGAAAUCUGUCUAAUUGUGGGUCUCACAGGAAUUGGUCUUAUUAUUAGUUCUAUAUGUUUAUAUUUGAGAUUAUCAAGUGAAAAAAUAACAGUUAAAGAUUUUCAAGCUAUAUAUUUUUUACCAGCUAUAAUAACAUCCUUAUUAUAUCUUUUUGUUGCAAAUAAAGGACUAUUGAUGAGUGUCAUAUGGGGCUUAAGUGUUAGUAGUUUAGGAACUUGGGGCAUUCUUCAAUUGAUGUCUAUAUUUCCUUAUUGUUUUACAAUCGGAGAAGCAACAGCAGUUAUGCAUGGGUGUAUUUUGUUUCUUAUAUCCGUGGUAACAAAUUUGCCCUUAAGAUAUCAUUUGCCACCAAUCCAUGAUAAUGAUAUUGCAACAGUUUUUUUACAGAUUAUAAUGCUAUAUGUGAUAUCAGUAUGUUUAAUAUCUAAUUAUUUUUCAAUGUUUAAUUCAACUAAAAAUUUUUACAUAUUGGCUAUUAGUCUUUUAACAAUUGUUAUACCAUUAAUGCAUAUCUUAUUGGAUCAAAAUCCUUUGAUUUGGAUAUUUUAUUUCUGUAGUAAAACGAAUAAGAUCAUCUUAAUUGGAUAUUGGAUUAUAUGUUUAUUAUUAGGUAUAACAGUUGUUACAUAUCAAAUAUUAAUAAAUCUUCAAGCAACAACUUCAACUAGAAAAAUGUUUCAUUUAUUAGCUGUACUUGUGUAUAUACCUGGUUUAAUAUAUGAACGUACAUUACUAUAUCUAGCUAGUGGUAUAAUAAUGGGAUUAUUUGUAUUUCUCGAGUUGAUAAGGUAUUUACAAAUACCACCUCUUGGGAAAAUAUUACAACAAGGAUUUUCUGUAUUUGCUGAUGAAAAAGAUAAUUUAAUUUCUUUAACGCCUUUAUAUUUAUUUUGUGGCUUAUCCUUUCCACUUUGGAUGCCUACCAAUAAUCUUUCAUUAUUAAUUUUGCUCAGUGGUAUUUUAACAGUUGGUGUGGGUGAUACUGCUGCUAGUUUUAUUGGUAGUAAAUGGGGCUUUCACAAAUGGACCAAUUCAAAUAAAUCUUUUGAAGGAACAAUUGCUUGUUUUCUUACUCAAAUUGGAUUAAUAUGUUUUUUAACAUUUAUGGGUUACAUAGAUAGUGGUUGGUUAUUUUUGCGAAGUUUAUUAUUAAGUAUUGUGCUGUCAUUUGUCGAAGCACAAACAAAUCAAGUUGAUAAUUUAGCAUUACCUUUGUUAAUGUAUGUAUGUUUAAUGGUUUAGAUAUUUUUUAAAUAUAAAAUAGUAUAUAGUAAAUAUUUUGAAAGUAAUAUUUUAACAUAAAUAUUGAUUGUUUAACAUAGAAUGGACCAAAGGUAUAUA